AUGAGAAAAACAACAAGAAAGAAAGAAUUCGUGACUCGAGUGAGAAGUCCACUGCUUCUUCUGUCUCUUUUAUACUAUAGGUUGCCAGGUGACCGUGUGACAGGACAUUUUGGUGGAGCGCAGUUGUACGAACUGUACCGAGCUAAUAGCUUGCCGAUACAUACCCAUUUUGUGAACAUGAUGCAGCAACAAUCACAUCGUUCAGCUCCAGCCUACACUGACCGCCAUCAGAAUCAAUAUCAUCAGAAUACUCCACGUCAUCAGCGUCCAGAUCAACAACAAUAUGAUCGUCGUCGUGGUGGAUCUGAUCGGAAUGCGGCGAAUCAUCGGAAUAGUCAUGGAGGGAGAUAUUGA